GCCGGUUCCGUGGUGCGCAGUCGUCACUAGUUACCACAAACCCGACGUCAUAAACCCCGCCUAUUCCUAAAAUGGGAUUUAAACCCUAAAUUGAGCCACACUGCUAGCCGUAUGCCCAAUAUUAACCUUUAAAUUAAGAGAAAAAAACAUGUGAUAUAACCCAUUACUUUGUGUUUGUGAUAACUAGUGACAACCAGUCCUCAGCGAGAACCUGGAGCAUCUCAAGAUGGCGGCUGAACGGAGGAUGAGGAUGAUAUCGGGUCGGGGUUGUGUGUCUGUGUUUCUGGCCGUGUUGUGCACCUUCUCCGUCGGGACUUGCGACGAACAGGUGCCGCUGAUGCUAUGGACGAGUGAAGGGUCUGGUCUGCCGUCCCAGGCUGUUCCUGCUGCUGGUCACAUAGUGGGUGUCACUCAGCUGAACUCAUACCUGGAGACCGCCCUGGGGUCCGCCCCGCGGAACGUACUGCUCUUCCUGCAGGACAAGAUGAGCAUUGAGGACUUCACCAUGUACGGAGGGGCAUUUGGCAACAAGCAUGACAGUGCCUUCCCUAACCUAGAGGGGGCGCUCCUCUCCAGCCCUUCCCCAUUGGUCCUGCCUGCCGUGGCCUGGCCAGCAUCCAGUGCUGUGAUCGGUCAACUCCAGGACCAAUUAGACACCUCUCCUCUCUACAUGGAACCAGAGACACUCAGCCAGCUACGACUCAACGCAUCUACCCCCGCCCUGCUGGUCUUCAGACUACCCUACAGCACCGGAUCUGAUCUGAUGUCUGCUAAGGAGGUUCUCAAUGGGAAUGAUGAGGUGAUUGGACAGGUGAUGAGCAUUAUGAAGAGCCAGUCUGUCCCCUACACUGCCGUCUACACUGCAAUGAGACCCUCACGGGUAAGUGUGUGUUUAUCCAUGUCUGUGUGUUUAUUUGUUUGUCAUAUACAAGGAAAGAGUUUACGUUUAUUCAACUUUCUAACUCUAAAUCUGUCUGAUGUACAGGACCAGUCAAAAGUCUGGACACAUCUACUCAUUCAAGGGUUUUCUACAUUGUAGAAUAAUAGUGAAUACAUCAACUAUG